CGGCCGUAUAGCGUAUGGUAUGCAAUUGUACAAUGCUAUGAAAAAGGUUAUCACUCUUCUUGAAUGGAAAAUGGCAGCGCACAUGAUGAACAGAAUUUCAAUUUUGAAAGCUGUGGUUCGUCAGCAGAAACCAUUAGAUCAGUCAUGGUAUGCUGUAAGAGGAGCACUGAUGUGUUCACAUGCCCAACCUGAAACAUUGCCCACAGAGAACUCAUUGGAAGGAGAAUCAACAAGCAAAGAUGCCUUGGAGGAGUCCUUGAACCAUGAGGAUUUCUUUGAUGUCAGUAAGCUCUUCACCAGAACAGAACUCUUUGAGUCGCGAGUUCAUCUGGGUCAUAAAGAAGGUCUCUUAGACCCACGCAUGAAGAAAUACUUGAUCGGAACACGCCGUGAGCAGUGCAUUAUGGAUCUCGACCAAACAGUACCCUUGCUAAAGAGCGCCCUAAAUUUCACCGCGCACAUCGCCUAUCGCAACGGCAUCAUCCUGUUUGUGAACCGAGUGCCCCAGUUUGCGCAUGCAGUAGAGGAAAUGGCACGGGCAUGUGGUGAGUACGCCCACACUCGUCACUGGCAGAAAGGUUGUUUCACCAAUGCUCAGAUUCAGAUGGGACCUGGUACUCGUCUUCCUGACCUCAUCAUCUUCCUCAACACACUAAACGAUGUCUUCAGUCAGCACCAAGCCAUCACCGAUGCAGCUAAAAUGAACAUACCAACCGUUGCAGUGGUUGACUCUAAUUGUAAUCCAAACCUCAUCACUUAUCCUGUCCCAGGAAAUGAUGACACCCCUGUAGCAGUAGAACUCUACAUGAGAUUAUUCAAAGAAGCUGUGUUACUGGGCAAACAGAAGAGAAAAGAGCUUGAUGAAACUCCUGUAUGAGAUUUACAAAACUAUUCAAGGAUGCAGAAUGGUAUUCCUGACUUUGUACCUGGUUGAAACUUGAAUCAUGAACAAUCCCAGCAGUGCUUACACUGAGAUCAAAUGAAUGAAAUACCAAUUUGUAAGUUUAUUCACCGUUUUGUGCUUAUAAUGAUUGUUUCAUAGAGCUGCACUCAGGAAAGUUGGAAAGGUCUGGUCCAAGAGGACAUGACUUGUUUGAUUUGGAAUCAGACUUGAAUAGGACAUGACACAUAUUUUCAAAAUAAGCUUUCAAACAAUAUGAGUUACCAUGAUAACAAAUUUGUGCUCUUUGUUACCGAAAAUAUUUCUCUAGCUGAUGACUAUUAACUUGUAUUACUUGUUUCUCCCUUGGAUGAGCAAUGAAGGGAUCUUGAUUUGUUUUAUUAAUGUACACAAAACUCUAAUUGUAGGUACCCAUUUCAUUUUUUCUAAAUGGAGAAAAAAGGUAAGACACAAUUGGUCUAUUCUAUUGAGUAGGUUUUGGAUUGCCACUCAGCUUUCUGUGAUGCACCAUUUCUCUGGUUGAGAGUCCAUUGUUCUCUAUCCCUGCAUCAUGUAGCAAAGAUACAAAUGAUGUCAUGAAAAACACACUAAGCCAAUCAGAUACACUAUGUCCAACCCCCUCAUUGUGACAUCACAUUUCAAGGUUCAAGAAUUUCCAUAUGUAAAGUGUAAAAGUGUAUGACUUUUAGUGACUGGGUGUCACAUAAGUUGAAUAUUCACCCAAGUGAAGCAAUAUUUUUGAGCAGAUUAUGCAAGACAUUUGUUAUAUACCUCUUCUAAGUUGAAUUUCUUUUUAGUUUAAUUUAUUUGGACCACAUAAAUCUAUCCGACUUAGGAGAAAGAGAUAUAUAUAACACUAGUUUUCCAUAAUGUAGUGUGAAAUCAUUGCUUUAAACGAGGUGAUUAUUGACAUUAUCUUGAAAGAUCGGCUUGUGAAAAGACAUUGUGUGCCAUUGUACUUUAUGAAAUGAAAUAUAAUACAGUA